AUAAGGAGUGUUUCUCGUCUUGCACCCUUGCAAUAUUGCCCGUGCUUGAGGAAUAAAGCCAUCCCCCAAAGAGAGCGAGCAAGAGAGAGAGAGAGAUGUGCAAUGAAUUAAUUGAGCAAAUUCAACUUCCUACCCUUUGAAACGGAUCACCACGCUAUAAGCCGGGUUUAUUUGCCGCCGCGGUGCGUUUUUAAUAAGAUCCCAGAAGGAAGUGCUGCUGCCUGCCCUCCUGCAGCCAUGGCGACCGUCGUCAUGGAGCAGAUUGGACGGCUCUUCAUCAAUGUGCAGCAGAUCCGUCAGAUCCCUCAGCUGCUGGAGACAGCCAUCCCCACCCUCCCGGGCACAGUGAAGGACUGCGAGGUCCCCUGGGUCUUCAGGGAGCCCCACAUCCUCUCCGGCUACCGCCCUCACCACCAGAACUGGCGCUACUACUGCCUGACGCUCUUCCAACGCCACAACGAGGCCGUCAACAUCUGGACACACCUGGUGGCUGCUCUGGUGGUCCUGGUGAAAUUCCGGCAGCUCUCGGAGACCGUAGAUUUCCUGAGGGACCCUCACGCCCAGCCCCUGUUCAUCGUCCUGCUAGCCGCCUUCACCUACCUGUCCUUCAGCACCCUAGCGCACCUGCUGUCUGCCCGCUCGGAGCUCUCUCACUACACCUUCUUCUUCUUAGAUUAUGUGGGAGUCGCUGUCUACCAGUACGCGAGCGCCAUGGCGCAUUUCUACUAUGUGGUGGAGGAGGAGUGGCACUCCCUGGUUGGGAGUAUCUUUCUCCCCUUGGCUGCCUUCCUGGCUUGGCUCUCCUGCACCGGGUGCUGCUAUGGGAAGUACCUGAGCCACCAGCUCCCCAAGUUCGGCCACAAACUCUUCCAGGUCGUCCCGUCUGGCUUGGCCUACCUGUUAGAUGUCAGCCCGCUGUUUCACCGCAUUUACAGGUGCUGUAUGACAGGCUGCUCAGACCCGGCUGUCUCCUAUCACCAGUAUCAGGUGCUGCUCUUCCUGGUGUGCGCCUACUUCUUCUCCUACCCCCACCCAGAGAAGUGGUUCCCUGGGAAGUGUGAUUUCCUGGGUCAGGGGCACCAGAUCUUCCAUGUCUUCCUGGCGCUGUGCACGAUGGCGCAGAUAGAGGGAGUGCGGCUGGAUUACGCCACGCGGCGCCCCCUGUACGAGCGUCUCCACGGCAACUCGGUGCACGACUUCACCGCCCUCUUCGUCUUCACUUCCUGCUGCAGCGCCUUGACCGCGUUCUACCUGCGGAACAAGGUGCGCAACAAAAUCUGCAGCAAGGAAGAGUGAUCACGGGAACGACUGUCUCAAUUCUACAGGAAGGUGCCACCGGACAGUGGCGCUUGAAGUAUUUUAAAAAUUUCCUACUAGGCUAAACAUUCAUCACAAGACCUGUCAGUAUUUAACGUAUUCAGGCUCUGCACAAUCAUGUUUAGUAAAAUGUGAUGCCCUGUGUUUUGACUGUUUUCCACAUUGUUCUUGUAGUUUUGUGUGCCCUUGUUGACUGUCCAGGUUGUUUAUGUUCUCUAUGAACUAAGCAUUCAAGCUAUUGGUUCUGUCCUCUAAGCGGGCUACGAGUUGUCAUCUGUAACUUCUGCUGUUGUGUUUUUGUAAUAUAUAGUUAAUACCUAUAAACCAGAUAUUUUCCCUGUGGGAUCGUAGGGCAUUCAACUUUCACAUCAUUUUUAAAGCUUUACGGGAUAAAAAAAAACGUAACUGGAGUCAUCAGUGAAAUUCUAUGAUAAGUCCUACUUUCUGAAACGCAUUUGGAGUUUGAGCCACAGAGCUUCAGUGUUAAUGACAGGAAGGGGUGGGUACUAUGUCACUAUGAGUACUUGAAUUCAAGACCAGCAAGCAGAGAUUUCUUUAGUCUAGUGUAGUACCAGGGAUCGCGUUUUCAAAUCACGUUUGCUGGAGCAUGUGUUUCUUUCAAAAUGGCACAUUUGAGCCCUACACAAAGAAUGGCAUUAUUUUGUUCGCUGCAACCACGUUAACAUUAUAUAAGAACUGCACUAAGUAUAAAUGCAAUGAGUUUUUAAAAAUCCAUAAAUAUUUAUUAUGACAAAGGCUAAUCUCAAAGUAGGUUUAUUAGUGGAGCUGAAUUUUCAGAUAUUUUGGCAGCCUUGGGUAUUUUCCCUUCAAUAUCAGUUAACCCCCCUUUAGAACUAGCAACGUAACCAUGGCUUCAUCUAUCUUUUGUCGAAGAGAUUUCAAAGACCUGCUGCUUCCUUUUAUAGUUCCAACUCACUCCAUUGGUCGAGCUGCACUCAGUUGGCGUGACCUACAGCUACCAGGAUAUAGCAGUUUAUCAUUCGUGUUGUAUUCGAAAUAUUUGCAUAUCCUGAAUUACCAGGACAACAAGUGAGAAGAUUCUCAGCACACUAAAAGGAGGUCAGUGGUAAUGUUAAUAGAGGAAACUGAUGUCAAAGCAUUGCUCCGCACUCCUGUAGCUGGUUAGUAUUUAAUACAGAACCAGUAUAUAACUUAAAGAUAGUAUCUGUAUUGAUGCUAUAUGAAAGUGUGCUGCGUACAGGAGACAGCACGGCAUACGAUAUUUAUAUCAUGGGUGGACGCAUUGAUACUCUUUCAUCUCACACUGCCCAUGACUCUAAUACCACACGUUAUG